GAUGGCUAUGGUUUCUUGAUGCGAUGGUGAUCAACAGCAGGAGUGGAUCGCAUCAGGUGCUCCUACGGCAGCUCCAGCAGGGCAUUCACACUGUCGAUCAAGACGAGGAGGAGGAGGAGGAAGAGGAGGAGAAUCCGGAAGAGGAGAAUCUAGAGGAAGAGGAAGAAGCGGCAGCGCAGAUUUCCACUCCAGCCCCAAAUGUAGCCGCGGAAGGAGGAGGAGGAGAGGAGGAGGAUGAAGAGGAGGAAGAUUUGUUUGGCCAGAUCGCUUGCGCGAACCCGGAGCUCCUCCAGCAGUCGCCGAUCCAGGUGAGGGGCAGCAGCCAGGGUUUGGGGCGGGACGAUUGGGGCGAUGGCGCGACGCUGGCGCUGCUCCAGGCGUGGGGGGACAAGUGCGUGGCGCUCAACAAGUGGCACUUGCGGCUGGAUCACUGGGCGGAGCUGGCGGCGGCGGUGACGAUCCGGAGCCACAGCCCCAAGACCGACGUCCAGUGCAAGAAUCGCGUGGACACGCUCAAGAAGAAAUUCAAGCAGGAGCGGCAGAAGCAGAGCUCGCUGGGAUCGCCCAGCAAGUGGCCGUUCUAUCGAAUCCUUGACAGGCUUCUCGGGAUGGCCAGCAACGCCAAGAACUCCACCGCCACCACCACCACUCCUCGCUCGUCCCUCCCGAUCGGGGCGGAUGCUGGGAACAUCGUCAAGAACUCCGGCAAGGAAUCCAAGCCCAGGGCGUCCAAGCGGCAGCACUAUCAUCCCAGCAGCAGCGAAGAAGAGGAGGAAGAAGAAGGAAAUGACGAUGAUCGUGACGAAGAACUCCAAGAUCACGAAGAACAGGAAGAUCUACUGUGGGUCUUAAACUUCAAGACGAAGAAGCGGGGAGGUGGCAAUGCCGCGAAGAAGAAGAAGAAGAGGAAGAUGGGAUCGCCAUCUUCGUCCUCGUCUUCCUCGUCGCCGCUCGCCGGUGCCAUCGCCAAGCUGGGCGAGAUCUUCGAGCGCAUGGAGGAGUGCAAGCGGCAGCAGCUGGUGGAUCUGGAGAAGAUCCGGAUGCAAUUCACCAAAGAUCUGGAGCUCCAUCGAAUGCAGCUGCUCAUGCAAGCGCAGAUGGAGCUCGCCAAGAUCAAGCACAGCGUGGACAUCCAGUGAGAAGCUGACACGUGGCGAGAGGAUAUUCUAGGGAAUUUUUGCUGGUAUUUAAAAGAUUCGUCUUUUUUGUU